UGGUGAAUUUCCACUGUAGCGGUCGUUUGAAAAAGCCGUAUUGUUUGUAGAGAGAUGGAAUCGAUGAUUAUGACAGCACGACAAGGCGAAUAUUAUUUCUGAGCAUGCAUGGCUGCGAUGGGGAUUUAGGGAAUCGUGUGCUGAUGACACACGCUGCAGUAAUUAGCAAUGAUUGGAGGUUACGGGUAAGAGAAGGGUGUGGUCACUCCACUGAGUUGAGAAUUGUCUCUUGGGGCAGUGAAGCAUGGUUGUCUCCUUCGUAGCUGGGUAAAUUCUAAAAGAUAUGUCUAAAAAGUGAUACAACUAGCUCGUGGAUGGAUGUUUAGGUUGUUGUAUAGCAAUCCCAAGCAACAUUCAAGGAGGAGUGAAGUUCAGGAUGACAUUGGAUUGAUUAUGAAGGAACACCUGACGGCUGCCUGUGUCAUCACGAUUACAGACGACCAAGUAUAUAACUUGCAAUAUGGCACGAGUUUUUUUAGAACACAAUUAAAGCUAAUAGUGGUACCAGUACAGUAGGCGUUCAUUCGACCGAGGAUCAUCGGAUCUCAUUUUGCUCGAAUGGAUUGAAGUGUGCCAGCAACUGACUCGUCAUGGGUAUCCAAUGGUUCGAUUGGUUGUUGCUAUUGCUGGCUUGCUGCCUAGCGUCUUUUACAAAAGCUUCACCAGAGGAGAGGACCCUAUUAAAGCUCCUGCUGAGCGAUGGAGACACUGUAGCCAGACCUGUGCAACACCCUUGGGAGGUGGUCAAUGUCACCUUGAAGAUGUGGGUACUUCAUGUCGUACAACUGGAACAUAUUGGCAACAAUCUGACGAUUGCAACCAAGUACAGAUUGAGAUGGAAUGUGCCACGCCUCACUUGGAAGCCAGAAGACCAUGGCAACGUGACAUCACUACAUCUCCAGCCAACUAGAAUAUGGACACCGGAUCUCAUCCUGCUAAACAGCUUAAUGAAACAUAAGUUCAAGGAUGGGAUGUCUCGAGACAGUCUCCUCGCCGAUACCCCCGUGGUGGUCACCCCUGAUGGUCGGGCUGAAUGGAGGUCGCCCACCAUCACCAAAGCACACUGCAAGAUGGACCCUAUCUACUUCCCCUUCGACAGAAAUAAGUGUACCAUGAACUUCACCCUCUUGACCCACACUGUCAAGGAGGUGAUCCUGCAACCAGAUGGUCUUGAUGCCCUCACUUUUGCUGAUGAACAGCGCGAUGAAAUGGCAGCAGACUUUGGUACCUGGCAUGUAGAUGUAGAACCUGCGAAGCAAGGACUGGUUUCCUUUGGGAUCACUUCGGACCCUCACUCGGAACUCCUCAUGACCCUGGUACUUGAUAGGAAGCCUUUAUUCUAUGCCUACAAUGUCAUCUACCCAGCAAUGAUCAUCAUGUCAGUAUCACUUCUUGGCUUCUGCUUGCCUGAGAACACCAGUGAGAAGAUGGUCUUUGGCAUCCAUAUCCUCGUCGCCAUGAACUUCUUCCAACAGUAUCUGCUCAAGAUUUUGUUCCCAACCGGGGAAGGUAUUCCAUUACUGGGCCAGCUAUUCGGUACCGGGGUCGUCAUGGCGAUGAUAAUAGUGGUGUGCGGUGUGUUGACGCUGAGAAUACACUUCAAGGGAGCACGGGAACCAGGAAAUCUGCCCAAUCCAACUGUUAUCAAAGUCCUGGCCAGAUUGACCUCCAUGCAGAGUUAUGUGGACGAUUUGAUCAGCUCAGAACCAGUGUUGGUUCGCAGGAUACCAAGAACCGAUUACGAAGAGCAGAAUGUCUACGCAAUGAGAAAUACAAAUUUUAGAACUUCCUCCUUGGGUACCGACGCACGAUUUCAAGAUGGUAACGCUUGUAGAAAUCGACUACGGUCCGUAAGUCAGAGGCAGUGCACGUGGAAUUCUUUACACAGCAUAGUAUCUGAAGUCUCAGACCUCAGACAAAUUUACCAGUCGCAGUCGAAAGCAGAGAACGUGGCAGAAGAGACCAAGACGGCAUGGGAACUGAUCGCCAGGAUGUUGAGGAGGUUCACAGCCGUUGCGUGUGCAGUUGCAUUUGUGGCUGCUUGUACCGGCAUCUACUUGCAGUUAAAGUUCAGGCCGGAAGACUGAUUGUUUUAUUCCAGUUCGCUUACUUAUGCCUCCUAACCAUUGACACUCAAACUUAUUUGCAUUGUUUGGGUCACCACUGGUCGGAUUUCAAUGAUAUUUGGUUUUUAUUGAUGUGUGCUUUGAAAAUCAAAUCGGAUAACAAAUAUAACAAUAAAUCCCGAAAUAUAUUGGAUAACAGUAGAUAUGUGUUUAUCAUUUACAAUAAAACUAGUUGGCGCAAAAGGUUUAGAAAGGCGGAAGUUAAAGCCUUUAAAUACUUCUUGAACAUGGCAUAUAUUUUAUCACUGUACAUUUGCAUAAAAUUUGAUUUAUGACUGGUUCAAUUGCUUGAGUUGGUUGAAAAAAAGUUUUCCUUUGAAAGGCGUACUGUUCAUUUGUGGGACGAUGUUUAUGAGAAACUAGGCUAGUCAUGUGCCUCGCUAAGAACUCUCAUAUCGAUGCUGUGAGUUGAGGGGGACAGAUUGAUAUAUUUCAUGGUGACAGUCCUGUUGGAGAUGAAGCUAUUGAGAGAACUCCAAGUGUUCGCUGUUUGCCUGGUGGUGCUCAUCACCAGUCAAGCUAUUGAAGGGGUCUCGUUGUGUCGGUACAAGCCUUUUAGUUAUCAAACUUGCUAUGGGAGAAGCACUUACUGUUGUCCGUCAAUAUCGUAUUCAAGGUCUUAUUAUGGAACCACGUACAGUGCAUGCUGCCCGUACGAUAGUAAAGUGUCGAAUACAAGAUACUGUACGAAUGUGUUCGCUGCUAAACUGUUCUGCAAUGCCAGAUCCAAGCACUGCUGUCCAUCGCAAACCUACAUGUCAGGGGGAUACAGGCGAGGGUGCUGCUAUGUUACUCAAUCUACAACCUGUCAAUAUGCCCCUUCCAAAGCUAGAACCUGCUCCGGAAGCGACACAUACUGCUGUCCAUACAUGUCCUACGCCCAAUCCUACUUUCUGAGUACCUACUACAGCUGUUGUGGCAAAUACGUGUUCUCUUGGGGUUCAGUGCGGCGCUGUUCCAAUCGGUACGAGACCUACUGGUGCAGGAGUCCAACAACUGCCUGCUGCGCCUCGAGUACCUUCUUCUCCGGAUCCUGGCAUAGUGGUUGCUGCAGCUCAUCAUAUUACACUCCGACUUCUGAUUAUGGCGAUGGCGGCUCCUCCUCUCAUUACAAGGGUCCUAAUGUCGGAGCGAUCGUUGGCGGUCUAAUUGGUGCGGUUAUCCUGAUCGUGCUCAUUGCGACCACCGUGGGGGUGAUCUGCUCAAGGCACAAUGCAAUGCCGGCCAACAGAGGGCCUGUCAUGGCUGGUGGCGUCCACCAAGGAGCAGUACAGGGUUAUCCUCAAGUCAACCCGCAGCUGGUCGGAGCCAUGCCCUACCAUGGGUACCCACAGCAAGGGCCAUAUGUUAUUCAAGGAGGACGUUUAGCGCCGGGAGCUGUGAGCUAUCACUCAUCAGCUCCUGUGCCAGUGGGGCUACAUGUACCAACCGGAAUGUCGCCUUUCAAUGCAGCGUCGACAACAGCUGGCGAAGGAGCAUCGGCAGCCAUCUCGGCAGCACCAACUGCGGCGAGCAGUACCCCGGUCGGAGGAGGUGCACAGGCUCCGCCUGCAGCCAACAAAUCUGCGCUUCCAGCGGAUCCUCCACCCGCUUAUGAUAAUAUUGCUUUCUCUGAAUAAAGUGCUUCGACGAUUACUGGAGUUAAGAUAUUCUGUAUACCAUGUUGAAUAUCAUAACACCUACAAACAUUGCCUAAUAACCAUAGCUAGUUUCUUAAGUUCAGCUCGGUAAAAUGAUAACGAUAUGCAAUAGACGAUAAAAUUAAAACUAUAAUUCAACAUACUCCAUUGAUGAAAGAGCUCGCCCAAACUAACUAGGGUUGUUGCGUAUCCCGGGUCGCUGGACUGGUCUUCAAAUGAGUAAUAUGUCCAUAUGAUCGUACUCGGGGUCAUGAACACGAGGUACAUGGCGGACACUAUUAACAUGUUGACCAGGGACUUCCUGUCUUGGUUCUCUUUCCCAGUAGGUCCCUUGUUUCUGGCAAGAGACUUCCGUGAAACAGUUAUGCCAAAAACAAUUAACAGAUUUGCAAUAAAUAUUAGUGAUGCGGGAGCAAAAUAAUAAAGGCAGUUUUCGACCAUGAGUAGAACCAACCUGAGUUUGCUGUCGUAAAAGCAGUUGGUCAUCCCUUGGCGUACUUGGAGUUUACCAAGUAUAGCAGCGUAAAGGCAGAAACUGCUCACAGAAAGUAAAACUAGUGCAAGGAAUCCUUUUCGCUUUGUUGCUGUGAUAGUUGGUCGUUUUAAGGGAAGCCAAACAACUACCGCCCUCUCCAAGGAGAAGAUGACAAUGAUCCAAGCAGAAAUAGAUUGUAACGAAAUGAAUAAAUAAUUGAUCAACUUGCAGCUAAAAGUUGAAAGUGCAAGUAAUCUGAGUGACGCCUUUCCAUUUGAGACAGUUUGCAACCCAGCCGACAUCCACAGGACGACCCCAACGAAGAUGAUGCAGCAUGUGUCCGCGACUGCAAGGGUGCUCAGAUAGUGGAUGGUGGCAUCGUUACGCCGUCUGGCCCGGUAGAAGACAACUAUGGACAAAGCAUUCCCGAACACGCCUAUGACCAAGAUGAUUAUCAUCACGUAGCCUUGGAUGAAUUGGACAAUAUCGCUGAGAAGCCCACUCAGUCCGGCGCCACUGACAUCAUGAUCUGUCCAAGAGAUUUGUGUGGUUGUCAUUAUGAACUUGUACAGGCGACUUCUUGCUCCUGGGUGAAUACCCGAUGAUAUUUCUACAUUUUGGUCCGUGCAUUAUCACUGCAGACUUUAAAUCCUUGUACGGAGGUCUAUAGAACUCACAGCUACGAUGUCACCCAAGUUCCUUUUUUCAAAAUUUAAGAUCUUUUCCUAUCGAUACUUUUAGGUCUGCCAUGUGGCAAUCUUAAACUAAAGCAGUCGCAUUCUAUUAUAAUUCAAGGACAAGAGGAAAGUUUGGAGAGUAUCUUGCUAGUGUAUAUAUAUAUAUUGACUACCGCCUACAUUGUGACUGUGUAACCAUUCCCGCAUCACAUGUCUGUUCGUUUCAGUCGACAGCCAUCCGUUACAAUUUAUAUCAUCUCCUAAAAUAACCUGUGCAUCUUGCUUGCUUUUGAUCACCUGUUAUUUUACUGUAUACGGCCGUGAUUACAAACUAUAUAUAAAAUUUCAAGAUAAUAUGUAAUUUUAUUACAAAUGCACAAAGUAGUAGUUAAAACAUUACAAAACCGAAAGAAGUUUUAUUAGUUUUAUUGCCCAUCCUAGGAUGGGUUAUGAUAAAUUUUAUUCACUGCUAUAGGUUGCUGUUGAAUAAUAUUUCAAUUCACUAACCAAUUGAAUUGAAACCUCAACCUCGGGUCUCGUUGAAAUGCCUCUUCGAUGUUUCUUACAUUCAUUCGACCAUGCACUCUUAAAAUUAAUAAAUGAAAAUAACUAUUAUA